GGUGUUUCGAGACUCUUGUCUCUCUCCCUCUUAGAAAACCAGAACGUUACUCUGUAGUCCAAUCGCCACAUUUAGGGCAGAGAGAAUAAGCAUGCCGCUGUUUCUCACCGACGAGGAGUUCGACCAGUGCUCCAACGACGCUGCUCUUGUUACCGAGAAGGCUGAUGCUUUCAUUAGACAGCUCUAUGCCCAACAUGAGACGGUGCAGGCCAUGGCUGAUGCCGCUGCUAUCACCGCCGAGCAGACCUGCUCGGUACUUGAGCAGAAGUAUGUGUCGCUUUCCUCUGAAUUCACCCAGAUUGAAUCUCAGAAUGCCCAACUCAAUAACACCCUCGAACAACGCUUGUCUGAGCUUGCCCAAGUCCAAGCCGAGAAUCAACGAGCUCAUCUCAAACGCAUUGCAGAUGAUGGAGAUACAGAAAAGUUGUCGACAGAGCUAGCAGAAGUUCACAAAUCCAAGAAGCAGUUAAUGGAAUUGAUUGAACAUAAGGACGCAGAGAUCAGCGAGAAAAAUGCCACCAUCAAGAGCUACCUUGAGAAGAUUGUUAACAUGACUGACAGUGCGGCAGUAAGAGAAGCCAGGUUGAAUGAGGUUGAGGUUGAGCUGGCACGAGGUCGCAUCUCUUCUUCUCGUCUUUCACAGGAGAAAGAACUUAUUGAGAAGCACAAUACUUGGCUUAAUGAUGAACUAACGGUUAAAGUGAACGGUCUCAUUGAAGUACGCAAAACACAUAGUGAUGUGGUGGCAGACAUGGGUGCUAAGAUUGCAGAUUUGGAGAAAAAAUUGAAUGAUAGUAUGAGCUCUUUAAAAUGGAAUAAGGAUAGAGCAGUGGAGUUAGAAUUGAAGCUAUCUUCUCAACAAGAGGAUUUAACUGCAGCUAGAGAUGUCGCAGCAGCAAAUGAAGAACAGUUUACUGCUGAACUUUCAACAGUAUGUAGUCUAAACUUUUUUGUCAGGGAGACAACACAUCUGAAAGAGAAGCUAGAAAAGUGUGAAGCAGAGAUUGAGGCUACUAGAAAAGCAAGUGAGCUGAAUCUGCUUCCUUUGAGCUCUAUUACUACGUUGAGAUGUAGCGAGUCAGCUGAAGAAAAGGGCUCUGCAGAGGAUAAUCGUCAAAUUGUUCCUAGUAUUCCUGUAGGCAUUUCAGGAACAACUUUAGCAGAUUCACUUCUACGAGAGGGUUGGAGUCUAGCUAAAAUGUAUACCAAAUACCAAGAGGCUGUUGACGCAUUGAGGCAUGAACAAUUGGGCAGAAAGCAUACACAAAAUAUAUUGGAUCAGGUAUGUUCUUUACGAAUAGAGGACAAAGCUGCUGUCAUACUGAUGAACGAGGUAUCUGAGCAUGAAAAACUGAUUGAGGCAUACACUGUUGUCAACCAAAAACUGCAGCCUUAUCUAGUUGAACGAACUAACUUGGAGAAGAGUAUCCAGGACUUAAGGGCUGAGUUAAGGCAACAUGGAAGAGACUAUUCUACAGCACAAAAAGAGAUUGCCGAUCUCCCAGAAGCAGUCUUAAAGGAGUUCAAUAGUGUGGCAGUUCUUCUCAAAGAAUGUCGGGAUGUACAGCUCCGAUGUGGAGUUAGUGGACAUGAUUAUUCUAUUGAAGAAAUCAAUGUUCCUUCAGUGGAGUUAAAUGCUGUAUCUGAUGCUGAUAGAUUAGUUUCUGAACGGCUGUUAACAUUUAAGGACAUAAAUGGAUUGGUUGAGCAAAAUGUGCGGCUCAGAAGCAUUGUGCGCAGCCUCUCUGAACAGCUUGAGAUUAAGGAGGUGGAGCUAAAGGAUAAGUUUGAGAUGGAGCUUCCGGAAAAACAAAAUGACGAGAUUCUUUUGGUCAUUCAUUGUUUGGCAGAAGAUGGGAGGAAGGAUUUCAGGCUUCUUCUUGAAGGAUCUCAGGAAGCUGCAAAGAAGGCCCAAGAAGCAGCUUCUGACCAUGUAAAAUGCCUUGAGGAAAAAUGUGGGAAAACUGAGCUUAUAUCGGUACGAUCAGAGCGUGACAAGUUUGGUCUAGAAGUUAACUUUGCUAGAGAGAAACUUGAAAGAUGCAUGAAAGAAGUUGACCAUCAGAGAGAUGAAACAAAUGCUAUUAUGGCAAGAAGUGAGUUCUCGCAAUUAAUAAUUGACUACCAACGGCGGGUGCGUGAAUCUUCAGAUGCGUUGCAUGACGCGGAAGAGCUUUCACGGAAGCUAACAAUGGAGGUCUCCAUUUUGAAGCAUGAAAAAGAAAUGUUGUUGGGCUCUGAACAGAAAGCCACUGAAGAAGUUCUCCACUUGUCUGAAAGGGUUCACCGUCUUCAGGCUAGUUUAGACAUCAUUCAGAGUGCUGAGGAAGUUCGUGAGGAAUCAAGAAGGGUGGAGAAGAGAAAACAAGAGGAGCACAUUAGGCAUUGAGGUAAAGAAUGGGCAGAGGCUAAGAAAGAGCUUCAAGAUGAGCGUGAUAAUGUUCGCCGUCUCAUGCUUGAUAAAGAAGAAAUUAUGAAGAGUGCUAUGAGACAAGUUGAGGAAAUUGGAAAAGAAUUAACAAAUUCUGUAAAUGCUAUUGCUGCAGCAGAGGCUAGGGCUACUGCUGCUGAGGCCCGAUGUGCUGAUAUGGGGAAGAACAAAUCUGGAGAAGCUAAGGUUAAUCAAAGUGGCAGUGAUCAAGGUUUUAUCUCUUCGAGUAAUGAGACAAUAUCUGAUUUACAAGUUGCUAUCGAUGAGAUACACAAAUUGAAACAGGAAGCACAUGCUUACAAGGAGCACAUGCUACAAUAUAAGAACAUUGCAACCGUAAAUGAUGAUGCAUUAAAACAGAUGGAAGUUGCUCAUGAAAAUUAUAAAACUGAGGCAGAAAGAGUAAAGAAGUCUCUUGAAGCACAGAUUUUAUCACUUAAGAACAGAGUCAAUCAACUUGAAACUGAAUGUAAUUUGAAGUCCACAGAGGUGGAAUCUUUGAUUACUGAGAAAGAAACAACUCGUGCAUCUUGUGUCUCAGAGCUUGACAGGCUAAAGAUGGAAUGUGCACUUAAAACGUCCCAAAUAGCUGAGAUGGAAGCCAAAAUGUUGGCAUUGAAAGAAGAUUUGGAUAAAGAACAUCAAAGAUGGCGUGAUGCUCAGUCCAAUUAUGAAAAACAGGUCAUACUUCAAUCAGAGACAAUUCAGGAGCUCAAGAAAGCAUCAAAUGAUUUGGGUUCAUUGCAAGAAGAGGCAGCUAAGCUUCAUAAAUUAGUGGAUACUCUUAAACUGGAGAAUAAUGAUUUGAAGACAAGGUGGGAAGUUGAGAAAUCAAUACUGGAGAAAUCAAAGAAUGAUUCUGAGACGAAGUACAGAGAGAUCGAUGAACAGAACAAGAUGUUGCAUAAUCGUCUGGAGGCUUUACAUAUUAAGUUGGGAGAAAAUGAGCAGAGUUCAUCUGGAAACAGUGAUCAGGAUACAAUUCAUAAUAAUGGGUUACAGAGCAUAGUAAAUUAUUUACGCCGGUCAAAAGAAAUUGCAGAAACUGAGAUUUCGUUGUUAAAGCAGGAAAAGAGUCGUUUACAAUCCCAGCUUGAUAGUGCUUUAAAGGCUGCGGAGAUGAGUCAAGCUUCACUUCAUGCUGAGCGAGCGAAUGCAAGAGCAUCCCUACUUACAGAAGAAGAGUUCAAAUCUUUGCAGCUACAGGUGAGGGAAUUAAACCUGCUUCGUGAAAGUAACUUGCAACUCAGAGAAGAGAACAAACAAAAUUUUGAGGAAUGCCAGAAAUUACGUGAAAUAUCCCAGAAAGCAAACAUUGAAAAGGACCAGCUUGAAACAUCUCUGAGAGUGACACAAACUGAGUUUGUAACAUGCAAGAAGGAGGCUGAAAUGAUGAAAGUGAAAAAUGAUCUCCUGGAGAGCCGAGUUCGUGAGUUGCUGGAGAGAUGCCAGAAUAUUGACAUGGAUGAUUAUGCUCGUGCAAAAGAAGCUGUUCAGAAGUUGCAGGGAAAUAUCAGUUCUAAGGAUGGUGAGCUGAAGGAAAUGAGGAUACUUGUUUCUCAAAAAGAUGCUGCUAUCUCACAAUUAGAGUCAAAACUUGCCACAUCAAUUACAGAAAUAAAUGAGAGGGAGAGCAGGUUAAACAAAAUAUUGCAAGUUGAGAGUACAAUGAGAUUAGAUCUUGAGAAGCAGAAGAGGGUAGGAAUACUGCUUAAGAAGAAGAUGGAUAAUUUGUCAAAGGAAAAGGAUGACAUAAGUAAAGAGAAACAAGUUCUAUCAAAACAGUUAGAGGAGUAUAAUAAACAAGGUAUGAAGAGCGCCGGAGAUGCUGCUGGAGAACAAGUCAUGAAGGAAAAAGACACCAAAAUCCAGAUUCUAGAGAGAACGGUGGCAAGGCAAAGAGAGCUGCUGAAGAAAGAGAAGGAGAAGGAGGAAGAAAAGCGUCAGAACACUGAGGAAGCUUUAUUAGAGAAUCUUGUGACGGUCAGUCAGGAGAGAAGCAAACUGAUAGAUGGGAUUGAAGUGCAUAAGCAAGCGCUUGAUAGGUUGUCAUAUGAAAUUGAGAAAGUUAAGCAAACGAAAACCCAUAAUCCUGAGGACACAUCCGGAGAUCAGAUUGUUACUACAACAGAAUUGGAUGAAAUAUCUGUUGCAUAUCUUCAAGCACUAGAAAGUUAUGAACAUGUUGCUCACUCAGUUUCUGGUGGACAUGGAACUCCUGUUGUAGAUCUGCCUCAGAAAGGGGACUCUUCAACAUCUGUUAUUAACACAGGUCAAGCCGUAGUUCCUAAUAUAGAACCAAGUAUUCCUCCACCUGCCCCACCAGUACAGAAACAACCAGAAGAAGAGAAACCGAUGACAAUACCAAAACAAGCAAGUAUUGAGUCUCGAAAAUCUGUGAGGAGAUUAGUUCGGCCUCACAUGGCAAUGACAAUGGCAAAGCGUGAAGAGGCACAGGGGGGAGAUACAGAAAUGUCAGAAAGUGAAGGAACGAACCCUAGCCUGGAUCCAAGUGGUAAUGGGGGUGAAUUGGGGGUGCAGAACACAGUGAUUGCUCGCAAACGUGCAGCAGUAUCCGCUUCUGACCUAUCUGAAGAAUUUCUUCAGCGUGAAGAAGCAAUGCCUUUGCUUAAGAAAUCUAGAGGCUCUGAUUUUCUACCUGAAGAGGCUGCUGGUGGUAUGGUAGAAAACUUGGAAGCGGGUGAGUUGCCAGAAGAAGAAUUAAACGAUGAAACUUUCGAUGAUGAAAUUGGAGGAGGCAUUUUGGGCGACGAACAUGAAGAGGAUGAGGAAGUCAAAGGAGCAGGAGAAGACAUGAAUGAACUUGAAGAAGACAGUGUGGGGGAUAAUAAUAACCAAACUGAGUUGGAUAAGGAAACUGUUUCAAAGGAGGAGGAAGAGGAGGAGGAUGUCCAGCAGCAGCAACAGCAGUUAGGAGUAGAAAAGGACAGUGAUCAUGAAGAAGGAGAAUUGCCUUCGGAUGAUGAUGAGGGUAUUAAUAAUGCAAUGGAAACGGGUGAAAUAUCAACAACUGAAGCAGGGUCUCCUCCGACUCUUCCAAUGGUAGUGGUUGUGAAUGAGGAAAAGAGCAAUGAAGGUUUGGACAACAAAUCAGAUGAGGAAAAGAAGAAGCAGACCCCUGAAGAAGAAGAUGAAGGUCCAAAACAAGGGGGGGUCGGUGGAGGAAUAUCACCAUCAUCUUCUGCUGUUGCUAAUACGGAUGAGACACAAGAAGUAGUAGCAGUGAGGCAGCAGCAGCAGCAGCAGCAGCAGUCAUCUCCAUCUCAAUCUUCAGUAGCAGUGGGGAGAGCAACAACCAUUAAUCUGCGGGAAAGGGCAAAGGAAGCUGCAAUGAUAAGGCAGCAGCAAGGAUGGGCAUCUUCAUCAUCAUCUCAGCCUCAGUCUCAGCCUCAGGUAAUCUCUCUAAGAGGUGGUGGUAGGGGACGUCUAAAUCGUGGCCGUGCACGCGGGCGUGUUAUUGGGGGACGCGGCCAACCCCCCUCCUCUUCCGGAGGACAGUGAUAAAAUAUACAAUACUGGUUAUUUGGUAAACCCUCCUUAAACAGUGUAAAAUUUUCAAAACUGUUUUGAAGGUCAUCUUGGGCCUGAUGGUGUGUUAGUUGUUUGCACCUGAGUUUUUGGUUAUCCGGAAACAAUUAAACUAUGUAUUAUCUUAACUUAGUCCAGUCCAGCAAUUGAACUGUACCAACUAGUCUGUUCAUUUCUGUUUUGAAGAUAUGGUCUCUAUUUUUUGUCA